GGAGUCUUGGCCUCGAGGGAAAGCCUUCAAGCGAGCUGAGGGACCGACCGAGGGUGUCCUUUGACCUCCGCGCGGCGGCGUCACGUGGACUGAAGGGGGCGGGGCGAGAAAGCUAGAUCAGUUUCUUCCGGGUCAGUGACAGGCGUCUUCUCCAUGAGGUCUUGAGUCUUCCUACAAUAGUUUCCAGCGUCUGGUGCUUGUGAUUUCGGCGAUGAGCUCCCAGAGAGGGAACGUGGCCCGUUCCAGGCCUCAGAGACAUCAGAAUAUGUUUAGCUUCAAAAAUGACAAGUUUGAUAAGACCGUUCAGACCAAGAAAAUUAAUGCAAAAGUUCAUGAUGGAGUAUGUCAGCGCUGUAAAGAAGUUCUUGAAUGGCGUGUAAAAUACAGCAAAUACAAACCAUUGUCAAAGCCUAAAAAAUGUGUUAAAUGUUUACAAAAGACCGUGAAAGACUCUUAUCACAUAAUGUGUAGACCAUGUGCCUGUGAACUUGAAGUUUGCGCAAAAUGUGGAAAGAAAGAAGACAUUGUUACUCCGUUUAAUAAAGAACCAGAAAAGACAGAAAACAAUGAAAAUAAUCCACAUUCCAAUUGUAGAAGAAGAUGCAGAAGAAAUAAAGAAGAAAUUGAUUAUUUAGAUUUUAAUAUUGAUUUAGAUGACUCAGAAGAAGAUGACAAUCAAAUAGAUUAAUGUAUUAAAAAUCAGUGUGAAAACAUGAAA